AUGAGACAUUCUGGUCGGGAUGAUUUGAUCGACAAUGUCCUGCAUGAAGCGAUCCCCAUGCAUGGGCGGAUGAUCCACGGGCGAGACCGUGGAGAUCUGUGGGAAGCUGCACAGGCCUAUGAUGUUCACGGCCGGUUGAUAGCUAACUACUCCUAUAAGGCUAUUAAUGCUAUCGACCGAGGAACUCUCAAUAACUCCCUCCUAGAUGAGCUGGAGAAGACUCCCAAUGUCAAGCUAUUUUUCAACCACAAGCUGACGGGUGCUGAUUUUCGCACCAACAAAGCCUGGUUUGAGCGCAGAAUCCCUGGCGAGACACCCACGGCCGAUGAUGCCGGUAUAGCUGGUCGAGUACCGGAGAUCGAGGUGUCCUUCGACUACCUCAUCGGUGCCGAUGGGGCACACUCCGCCGCACGCUUCCACCUGAUGAAGUUCGCUCGUGUCGAUUACCAACAAGAGUACAUCGACACUCUCUGGUGCGAGUUCCGGAUUCCACCGACGGAGGAUGGAGACUUCCGUAUCUCGCCAAACCACCUUCACAUCUGGCCUGGACGCGAGUUCAUGUUCAUAGCGCUACCAUCUGCCGAUAAAUCAUUCACAUGCACCUUAUUCGCACCAUCCUCGCACUACAACUCCCUCGAAACCUCGCAACAGGAUCUGCAUGAAUUCUUCGACUCCCAUUUCCCCGGUGUAUGCCCAGAACUAAUCGAGCCCGCGGCAUUGAGUGAGCAGUUUGUGGAAAACCCGCACCUCCCACUGAUCAGCAUCAAGUGCAACCCCCACCACUUCAACGCCAGCGUCGUCAUUAUUGGCGAUGCAGCACACGCAGUCCUGCCAUUCUAUGGACAGGGACUGAAUGCCGGUCUUGAAGAUGUCCGGGUCCUCUUCGAGGAACUGGAUAGACAUGGAGUCUACGACCCAAAUUCAAGCGUCUACACACGCGGUCUCAAGCGCCAGGCAGCUUUUCAAGCUUACACAGACCAGCGCUGCGCUGAUACGCAUGCCAUCAACAAUCUAUCGAAGGAGAAUUAUCUCGAAAUGCGCUCGGGCGUCAAAUCGCCGCUCUACAAGCUGCGUAAGACAAUCGAAGAAACUGUUGACCGCUAUUUUCCGUUCUUUGGCUGGAGAACGCAGUACGCUCGUGUCAGUUUCAGUAACCAGCGGUACUCGGAGGUGAUCGAAGCUGUUCAACAUCAGAGUCAGGUGCUUGGUCUUGGAUUGACUGGGGCUUUAGUUGCUGCUGUUGCUGCUGUAUCCAUCCUGAUGUGGAAAUACCCUCGGAAUUUCUCGCUAGUAGGGUUGGUUCGGUGCUCGCGGCAUCUGGCUUGUGUCGGGUUGAGGUCCAUUCGGAAGUUGAUUCAUAUGUAA